AUGAUGCCCUCGAUCCGCAAGACAUGGCUCUCGGCCCUCGUGGCCCUGAGUGCCAUCACUUCCGUGACAGCCCAGGUUCACACCGACUGUGACCCGAGACAAAAGGACUGCCCCGCCGACCCGGCCUUCGGAACAGAAUACUUUUUCAACUUCAACACGACGCCACCCGCUGGAACCUGGGAAACCAUGGCGGGCAAAGUAACGUACGACCAGAAUCAGGGCGCUGCCUUCACCAUCAGCAAAAAGGGCGAAUCACCCACGCUCCGCACCAAGUUCUACUUCUUCUUCGGCCGCACGGAGAUGAUGCUCAAGGUGGCGCCCGGAACGGGCAUCAUCAGCUCGAUGAUGUGGCUUAGCGACGACCUCGACGAGGUGGACUGGGAGUUCUUCGGCACGAAUAACACGUACGCGGCGACGAACUACUUCGGCAAGGGCGAGCAGGAUUUCACCAAUGGUGGAUACCAUGAGGUGCCCUUCAACGUGCACGACGACUAUCACAACUACACGACUGUCUGGACUAGGGACAGCCUCGACUGGUACAUUGAUGGGAACCUCGUGCGUACGCUUUUGCCCAAGGACGCAAACAAUACGAGGAACUAUCCGCAGACGCCCAUGAGGCUCAGUUUGGGAAUUUGGGCCGGUGGUGACCCGGAUAUGCCGCAGGGUGUGCGGGAGUGGGCUGGUGGUGACACGGAUUUUGGCUCGGGUCCGUAUACGAUGUGGGUUAAGAGCGUGAAGGUGACAGAUUUCACGCCAGACUCGAAGGAGUAUAUCUACAGUGAUAGAUCAGGUUCUAUGGAGAGCAUCCAUGUUGUCACCGGCAACUCUACCGUAAAGGAAGCCCUCUUCCCGGUCCACAAGGAAACCAUGGCCGAAAAAUGGGCAAAACUCCCCAGCACCGCCAAAACCGCCAUUUACGCAAGCGGUGCCGGCCUCGGGGCCGUCAUCCUAGCCUUCGGCCUCUGGUACUGCAUCCGCCAGCGCCGUCGCGGCGCCCGCGAAGCCAAGGCAGCUGCUCUGCAAGCCGAACAGGACCGUCUGGAGCUCCAGGGCUUCAAGUCCCGCGGCGUCAACCCAGACGGUUUCUCCAACGGCAACAACGACUGGACGGUCGCCGAAGUGCACGACAAUGGUGUCGUUCAGGAGAAGAGGCCCGAGUAUGUGGUUAAUGAGAGGCCUCUGGAUUCUCCCCGUUCUGGAAGCAUUCCUCCGCCCCUUGUGUUCAGUAACCAGCAGCCUGGUGGUAAUGAUUGGAAUACCAUGGGUGGACCCGCUUCGCCACGUUCGCCGCGUUCGCCGCCUCUGCAGUCUCCCACGGGUGGUAUGCACGCCAUGCCGCUUCUCCAGGAGAGGUCGAACAGUCCGAGGGUGGGCAGCCCUGGGCCCCAGAGGACGUACAGCCCAGCCCCCGCAAGGGCGUUCAGCCCCGCACCGCAGAGGUCAUUCAGCCCAGUUCCCCAGCGAGCGUUCAGUCCCGCGCCUUCUCAAUACGACAACGGUAUGCACCACGGCGGGUUUGACAACGGGAUGCACCAUGCCGGCAUGCCUCAACGGAGCGCCACCUUGUCGGGUGCCUACGGCGGUGACGGCGGCUAUCAGGGCGGGUUCGAUGGUCCUAGGGCUCAGAGCCCGGCUCAUGUGAUGCCGCCUCAGAGGAGUGGAAGCGCGGCGCCGACGUAUGGGCAGGGGUAUGGAGCGCCACAGGGGCAGGGGUAUGCCCAGCAGGGAGGAUAUUGGAAUAAUAAUGGACCUAGUGGGUUCCGGUGA